AUGCAAGUCUUGGCUACUCUCCUCAUUGCUCUUUUCGCUCUCAUUGCUGUUGCAUCCGCGUUCCGCGGAGGACAUGGACGUCCACUCUAUGUAAAGAAUGCGCAACUGAUAGCUGAUAUGUCAAUUGACACUGACGACAUUCCUCCAAACUUGUUAAUGAAUUUCAAAAAGGACACAAAAAAGAAUAAUUGGAGACGUUCAAUCAGUGGAAUCUUCGAUGCCACUCCGCGGAUUCAUGAAUCACGGUGGACGCGCGGCGGCCCGUUCGUACGACCAAUGGUAGUGGAAGAGUUUUUGUCUUCUCAUCAAACUUGA